AUGCACGGCGGGGCGAAACUCGUCAAAAGAGUAGUCGAGUACAGUACUAGUACAGUACGUAUCAUGAGAGAAGCAGAGGAAUUUCUGGAAAAUCCGGAACAUGAUCUGAACGCAGAUACGCUAACCCGAGAAGAUAGCAAACAACCAUUGCCAUGGCUGAAACCUUCGAAUUCCAAGCUGAGAUCUCUCAGUUGCUCUCCCUCAUCAUUAAUACUGUAUACUCGAAUAAGGAGAUUUUCCUUCGAGAAUUGA